AUGGCCUACGAGACAGAAGAUCAUGAGAUUCAAUACUGCUUUCCUGCCAUGAACUCUUCAUGUUUCAAGAAGCUUCACACUCCAACCAACCUGAUCAUUCUCUCUCUGGGUGUGGCCGACAUGCUUAUUGGAAUUGUGAUGCCCAGUGAGGCCAUAUAUCUAAUUGAGACAUGUUGGUACUUUGGAGACACUUUUUGUGGAGUCUAUUUAAUAUUUAUUUCAAUGCUUCUCUCGGCAUCUCUUAGUAAUUUAGUUUUAAUUGCUGUUGAUCGUUAUGUGGCUGUUUGUCACCCUUUACAGUACCCACAGAAAAUAACCAUGACUAAAACAUUAAUAAGCAUCUCUUUAAGCUGGGUUUGCUCCUCAACUUACAGCACUGUCUUUGUAAUUAAUAACAGUUUGCACAAAACAAACAUGUGUUUUGGAAAGUGCUCAGUUAUGAUUGUUUUUGCUUGGAGUGUCACUGAUCUGAUCUUGUGUUUUAUGUUUCCUUGUAUCCUGAUCAUAUCUUUAUAUUUGAGGAUUUUCUAUGUUGUACAUCAGCAAGUGAAAGUUAUAAACACCCUGAUGAAGGGUGGUAAAUGUGUUAAUGAAGGUUCAGUGAGAAGGAAAUCUGAGAGCAAAGCUGCUCUGACAUUAGGAAUCAUUGUCACAGUUUAUCUGCUUUGUUGGAUUCCGUACUAUAUCUGUUCCAUAUCAGCAGUUUCUUCCACAACCAUAAAUGUUUUGAUGUGGGUCGUGUAUAUUAACUCAAGUCUGAAUCCUAUGGUCUAUGCUUUAUUUUACCCCUGGUUUAAAAAGACAGUUAAACUCAUCUUAACUCUGAAAAUAUUUCAGGCAGAAUCCUCUCUGGUGUCCUCAUAUGAGAAACCAAUGUCCUGUUUCACAUUCUGA